AUGGAAAACAUCGAAGGGGACGCGUUCAAAUCGUCAGGUUUAGACAGAGGCCGCCCUGCAGGGGCGCAACCUCAUUCUACGAAGAUGGACAUUUCAUGCGCACUCUGCCGUCGUCGGAAGGUACGAUGCGACAGGGCGCACCCUUGCUCAAACUGCUCCCGUGCAGAUAUCCUAUGUAUCUACCCCGAGCGGCGUAAACGAUCCCGACAGACGAAGGAACCCGCCAUGGAAGAAAUCCUGCGCCGUAUCAGCCGAGUGGAGAGAACCAUUGCCGCAUUUUCUCCAGGGCAAUCAGCGGACAGCAUUGGUUGCGACCCUCAACUGUCAAGUAAUCUCGAGUAUGAGGCUGCUGGCGUCCUGUCAAAAGACGGCGAAACGAGCCGGUAUUUCAACGAGGCGCUUCUUCAACAGAUUCUAUCUCAGGUACGAGAAACGCCUCAAUAUGCCCUAUGA